UGGCGGUUUUAUUUCAACAUGGCCGAAGCGAGCGGCGUCAACUUAGGCAGCGGCUGUGAGGAAAAAGGGCCUGAGGAAUUAGCUCAGGAAUCUGCGCGACCCGGCACUACCAUCUCGAGGGUGAAGCUUUUUGACACCAUGGUGGACACUUUCAUCCAGAAGUUGGUCGCUGCUGGGAGGACUCCAUGCUUCCACUGGGUCGGAAACGCCAGUUCUCACCCGCCCUCUGGCGGACAGUCUGUGGAACAUGCGUUCAGUCGGGCAGCAAGCCGGUUACCAUGGAGAAGGAGGGAGGAAAUCUCUGAAAUCAAAGCGGAGGGAAACCUGGAAGCUGUCCUGAAUGCGCUGGAUGCGAUUGUGGAAGGAAGCAAGGACUGCGAGGAGCCGGCUUGGCGCCCUAGUGGGAUCCCAGAGAAGGACCUGUGCAGUGCUGUGGUGCCCUACUUUCUGCAGCAGCGGGACGCCCUGCAGCGCCGUGUGCAGAAACAGGAGGCCGAGAACAGGCAGCUGGCAGAUGCCGUCCUGGCCGGGCGCAGGCAGGUGGAGGAGCUGCAGCUGCAGGGCCAGGCCCGGCAGCAGGCCUGGCAGGCUCUACACAGAGAACAGAAGGAGCUGGUGGCCGUGCUGAGGGAGCCUGAGUGAGGAGGAGAGGGCCCGGCCUAGGAGCAGAGGGCAGUCAAGGUCAAGGGCCUGUGGUCCAGGAUGCUGAGCCUG